CGGCCUCUUUGCACCCGGCAGAGUGAUGAGCUCCGCCGGUGUCUUCAUUGAAGUCCUGUUGGUCCCUACCGGCACAUUACACACUCCUGGAAGCAUGAUCUUCACUUCCUUCCUCCCACAUGCUGACCUGAAUGUGAAAGGGCGGCAAAAAGACGCUGAGGAAUGGGUGGCUGUGUCUGACGCCACGGAGGACCCAUCCAGUGGCACAGCCUUGCCCAGGGAACCUGCUCUUCUGCGAGGGUCUUGGAGGAGCCGGUUCCAGAGAGCCCUGGCAUGUUUCACCAAGUGCUUCAGGGGAGGAUACCGGACACACGAAAUCUGAGACCACCGAAGCCACAGACACAGAGCCGUGAAAGGUGACCAAGCCCCUUCUGAUGCUCCAUGCCCCUGCUCGCCGCAGAGUCCCAGUGGCCGGACCUGAAAUAAAUGCUGGCACGCUUGACUGUU